GAUACAUUAGCCAAACAAAUUCGGUCAUUUAUAAUUAUUCAUUAUUAGUAAAACUAAAAUAUAAUGCUACUUCUAAUAAUAUUAGCAGCAACAUUGGUUAUUAUAUUCCUUCACCUAUACUCAAAAUGGAAGUUAACUUACUGGAAGAAACGCGGAGUACCCCAACUAAAACCAAUUUUCUUUUAUGGAGAUGGUAAGGAUGUGGUGAAAGGUAACAAAUCACUUGCACAAUUUACGUUGGAACGUUACAAGGAAUUUAGAGCCAUGGGAGUGCCAUAUGGAGGGACUUACAUAACUUUGAGGAAGGUAUUUGUACCAAUAGCUCCGGAGUUCAUUAAAGAUAUUAUGCAAAAGAAUUUUGAGUGUUUCACUGCUCAUUUUCCCAAGAAUGAAUUGACAAAUAAUAAAAUUUUUAAUAAGAAUUUGUUCAAUAUAGAAGGUGAAGCAUGGAGAGCUACCAGAAAAAAACUUACUCCUACAUUUACAUCGGGUAAAAUGAAAAUGAUGUUCGAAACAUUAUUAGAAAAGACUCAGGGGUUAGAACAGUUGGCAGGUGAAAUAGCAGAAUCUGGAGAACCUGCCGAUAUCAGGGACGUCUUAGCUAGAUUCACUACAGAUGUAGUUGCUAGUUGUGGAUUUGGCCUGGAAUGCAACUCCUUAAAACAUCCAAAAUCAGAGUUUCUUGAACAUGGAAAACUGUUCUUUUCACCAAAAAGUGUAGAUAGUAUUUGGAAGGUUAUACUUAAAGCAUUACGUUUGAUUUCGCGUGAAACAAAUUUUCAAGUACCCGAAGAUUUUUUCAAAAAAGUUGUGGAAAAAACAGUUGAUUACAGAGAGAAAAACAAAAUUUACAGGAAAGAUUUUUUGCACUUGAUGAUCCAACUCAAAAACAGGGGCGUAGUUAAUCAUGAAGAUAAUAUUAAUGUUUUUGAUAAAAGCGUAAAAAAUGACGGUACCUUUGAUUUGGACGAUGUUACAGCUCAAUGUUUGAUUUUCUUUUUAGCUGGAUUUGAAACUUCCGCAACCACAAUGACAUUCGCUCUCCUCGAAUUAUCCCAGCAUCCAGAAAUGCAAGCAAAAGUCAGACAAGAAGCAGAAGAAGUCCUGGAAAGGCACAAUGGCAAAAUGACUUACGAAGCUAUGCUAGAGCUGAAAUAUACUGAGCAAGUUAUUGAAGAAACCCUGCGAAAAUAUCCUCCUGUGGCUUCUAUUCCGAGAGUUUGUACCAAAAAAUACACAAUACCUGGUACUAAGACAGAAAUAGAGCCUGGGACUACGGUGUUCAUUUCUGCUUGGGGUUUACACACUGAUCCAGACUAUUUCCCAAAUCCACAAAAAUUCGACCCUGAAAGAUUUACUGUGGAAAAUAGGAAAAAUAUUAAGGAAUUUACUUAUUUGCCUUUCGGCGAAGGACCACGGAUGUGUUUAGGUAUACGUUUUGGAAUAAUGCAAAGUAAAGUCGGUUUGGUGUCUUUGUUGAAAAAUUACAAAUUCAUUUUGAACGAAAAAACGCAUCUACCAUUGAAAAUGGCGAGAACUUUUAUUACAUCUGUCGACGGGGAUGUUUGGGUGAAUAUUGAAAAGAUCUAAAAUACAUGUUUUUUAUAA